AGGCCACUGGCCACCUGUCCCCACCUUCCUCCCUCCCUCCGUCUCCUCCUCCCUUCUGUUCCCGUCUGGGUGUGGCCGUCUCGCUUCGCCCACUCCCUCCCCCAGAUCUCCAAGACCAGGAGCCCGGGGAAACCACCGCGCCCGCAGCGAUGUCGGCGAGCAGCGCGCCCGUAGACGCCUCGGGGGAGCCGAUCCCGACGUCGUCGGUGCUGAUGGCGGCGUCGAAGCACAUCGCAGUCCGGUGCCGCCCGGAGAACGUCGCCUUCCUCAACUGCAAGAAGAAGGACCCUAACCCCGAGAAGUGCCUCGAGAAGGGACGUCAGGUCACACGUUGCGUCCUUAGCCUGUUGAAAGAACUUCACCAAAAGUGUCCUAAGGAAAUGGAUGAGUAUGCUGGUUGCAUGUAUUACUACACCAACGAAUUCGACUUCUGCCGUAAGGAACAGCAAGCUUUUGAGGAAGCCUGCCCCAUUUCCGAGUAGAUCUUGAGAGUUUUACUUCCAGUGGUCUUCGCAAAUAAGGAAAAAAAGGCCUAAAAAACGACUUCAUGAUGUCCCAUGUUUGUUGUCCUCAUGGAAAUUUUACUGGUGAAUGAAUAGCACACCCUGGAGCUAUUCACCCCAUUUCCCCCCUGAAUAUUUUUCAAACUUGAAUUGACGCAGCCAUAUGCUCUAAAAUGGUGACGAUGAUGUUUUGACCUUUUUGUUCACAAAUUACAUUUGGUGGAUUUGCCGUUCUUUCUGCCCCGAGUGUGUUAACCUGCUAAUCUGAUCUCCAGCUAUGGACAUUGUUGCUGUCCCUGGAGCUAUUCA